AUGUCCCCCCCAGCCUCGGCGGCCGCGGCCGGCGAGAGAGGCAGCAGCACGUCGGUGCCUCCGGAGGAGGCGGAGGGGGGCCGAGAGGAGCAGCAGCGGCCGGUGAAGCAGUCCCUCAGUAAGUCCCUCUGCAGAGAAUCCCACUGGAAAUGCCUGCUCCUCUCCCUUCUCAUGUAUGGCUGCAUGGGAGCUAUGACCUGGUGCCAUGUGACCAAGGUCACCCGGCUGACCUUUGACAGCGCCUACAAGGGCAAGUCCAUGAUGUAUCACGAUAGCCCCUGCUCCAAUGGCUAUGUUUACAUCCCCCUGGCCUUCCUGGUGAUGCUCUACGUGGUAUACCUGGUGGAGUGCUGGCACUGCUACACCCGCAACGAGCUGCAGUACAAGGUGGACGUCGAAAGCGUGCACGAGCGGGUGCAGAGAAUGCAGCAGGCCACCCCGUGCAUCUGGUGGAAAGCCAUCAGCUACCACUAUGUCCGGAGGACCCGGCAGGUCACCCGCUACCGCAAUGGGGAUGCCUACACCACCACCCAAGUGUAUCACGAGAGGGUCAACACCCACGUGGCGGAGGCCGAGUUUGACUACUCCAACUGUGGGGUCAAGGACAUCUCCAAAGACCUGAUGGACCUGGAGAGCUACCCAGCCACUCGGCUCCGCUUCACCAAAUGCUUCAGCUUUGCCAAUGUGGAGUCCGAGAACUCCUACCUGACCCAGCGUGCCCGCUUCUUCACCGAGAACGAGGGACUGGACGACUACAUGGAGGCCAGGGAGGGGAUGCACCUCAAGAACGUGGAUUUCAAGGAAUACAUGGUGGCCUUUUCAGACCCAGACAACCUUCCCUGGUACGUGUCCCACUACGUCUUCUGGGUGGCUGCCCUGCUGACCCUGUCCUGGCCUCUGCGGGUGCUGAAUGAGUACCGCACCUCCUACGUCCAUUACCACGUGGAGAAGCUCUUUGGGUUUGACUUUGUGGCCGUAACACCAGCUGAGGAGCGCUCCUUCUGCAGGAGGAUGCCCCGUGUCAACACGGUGGACAGCACUGAGCUGGAGUGGCACAUCCGGUCCAACCAGCAGCUAGUGCCCAGCUACUCAGAGGCCGUCCUGAUGGACUUGGUGGGGCUCUCCAGCUGCACCAGCUAUUCCGCUUGCAGGUACGGGGGCUACCGGCAGAACUGCGAGCGGUGCCACAGGACUAUAAGCAGCUCGUCCAUCUUCUCCCGCAGCGCCCUGAGCAUCUGCAACGGCAGCCCCAGGAUCCCCUUCAGCAGCAGCCGCUUCUCGCUGGGCCGCCUCUAUGGCUCCCGGCGUAGCUGCCUCUGGCAGAGCCGGAGUGGGAGCCUGAACGAGCAGAGCUGCCCAACCGAGCAAACCCGGCUCUCCAGCCAGGUCACAGUGGAGGAGGAGGACCCUCCUGCUUACCAGGACGCCCUCUACUUCCCCGUCCUUAUUGUGCACCGCAACGAGGGCUGCCUCAACCACGACCACCGUCACCUCCACCGGAACGGGUCCUGCAUGGAGACCUCACUGUGAGCGGAGGGCGGCAAGGAUCUCCCUCUUGAUCACCGUGUCUCCAGACACAGGGACUUGGGAAGUGGGGGGAUAGCCAGGAAAAUGAGGCACCAGUGGCCCACUCAGCAUGUGGGAUGGAGAGGUCACUGCCUCUUGGUCUCCAAGGAUAGGCUCAGCAGCUGCUGCAUUUGCCACAUGGCUCCUUUGAUGUCACGGAGGAGAGGGUGGCAGCAGGAUGGGCGAGCAGCAGCGCCAUCUGUGGCAUGGCACAAAAUGACAGACCGACGACCACAUGCAGAAAAUGGUAGAAAAGAAAGGACUGAAAGCGGGAGCUGGGUGCUGUAGUUCCACUCUCUGCCUCAAAAGGCCCUGGCUGGCUGGAAUAGUGCUAAAUGACAACUACUGCCCACCACCCUGCUGCACCCGUGACCUCCGCCCCUCUCCCCCAGCGCUGCAGACUUAUUCUCCCGCAGAGGGGUCUCGCACGGGGCCAAGGGGAGCAAGGUCUGGCAGCACAUUCCCUUUGGAGCAGCAAUUAACUCCUCAUGCGCCAAAGAUCCUGGGGCACCCAGGCCCAUAGAGCUGAAGGGCAGUUUAGAGGAAAUACUCAAGACCACAAGGCCAACUCUUUCCUCCUUUUGUUGAGACUGCGCUCCGACUGUUACACUGUCCUCAGCUGCUGGGAUGGGCAUUGCCAUCAGAUGUCUCUUUAGAAAGCCUCAGCACUCCAGGGCCAAGAAUCGGCAUCGCCUAGGUAAAGCUUAAAGCAUUCCAAGUACUUUUCCAUUUGGGGUUGCAAAGAGCAGGAAGCAACAGGGAAUCUACUGAGGAAAGGCCAGACCCGGCAUGAGAGCGCAGUCACAGCAUGAAGCCAGUAGGUCUGGCAGGAGAAGGCCAAGCCUGCAAAGCAAACCCAGGAGACCUUUGUGUGCUGGGAGUCUUCGGGAAGCCAAAGACACCCGAUGGGGAAGGGGUGAAUUGGGCAGCUGGGGACCCCCAGGUCUUGAAGUGAGCAAGGUCUAGUCAUAAUUAAUUCAGCCAAGCAAGGAGUCUGGCGUCCAGGGAGGUUCUGUUAGGUUCAACUGCAGUUUACCUAUGAAUAAUAGAAGAGCAGGUUGGCAGGUCUCGGGGAGAGUGAAUAUUACAUGAAGUCAAGUUGGCUCCAGACUCCAGUCAUUAAUAUGAAGGGAAGCUGGGUUUGGCACAGAGCUCUGAGGGCAAGGAGAGGCUAGAGAUGGGUGGUGAUGUAGAGAGGCCCAGAGUUUCUGCUGUCCAUGCUGGUGAAGGGAAGGGCGGCUAACAAUCUGAAACAAUGCAACCCCUUUGGCCCAUGUGGUUACAAAGCGGGCUCCUCUCAGCAUGAUCCUCAGCUCCUGCGCCCCACGCUCCUCUCCGAAGGGUUUCCACUGGCUCCUCAGGGGACUACCAUAAAUAGCCUGCCCAGCAAUCUCUUUAGGGUGCCUCCCUCAUAGCACAGCCCAAUGGGCAGAAUCCUCUGGCUGGCUGAAAGGUGAAUGGACACAAUCCCAUUGAAAAUACUCCGCAAAGGUCAUGCUCCCAGGUUCCGUACAGAGUCUGCGAGCAGGUUUACCAGAGGUAAAAGAACCCACCAAGCCCUGAGGGCAUGAGCCAGUUCCCUGGGAGGAGCUAAACAUCAUCAAUGGUGGCAUGAAUGCAGCUCCCUGCCCCGCUCUGGGCAGAAACAGAACCUUCAACUCAGGUGUCUGCAGCAGGAAAAACAACAGUUCACCUUUCAGGUGCCAGUCCUGCGAUGGGAUCCAUGUGAGUCGCCCCAUGCAUCAACAUAGAGCCCCAUUGGUCAGUGAGGGUCCACCUAUGCAAUCCAAUAGCAGGAUCAGGGCCUAAAUGGGUCACUUUCUUUAAACUUCUCCUUGAAACUAGUGCAUAGUG